AUGUUUUGUUCAGAGACCGAGAAAUACGCCCACGUGACAUUCUUCUUCAACGGUGGUGUUGAGAAGCAGUUCGAGAAUGAAGAGCGUUGCUUGGUACCAUCACCCAAAGUGGCCACUUAUGACUUAUUGCCACCGAUGAGUUCAGCCGGAGUCGCUGACAAGAUGGUUGAACAAAUCAACGCCAAGAAGCAUCCAUUCGUGAUGUGUAAUUUUGCUCCACCAGACAUGGUUGGUCAUACGGGCGUUUACGAGGCUGCUGUGAAGGCUUGUGAAGCAACUGGUUAG